GCGCCGGGAGCCGAGCGGGCCGGGCUGAGCGGAGGCAGGGCCGCACCCCUUCAGCCUCCGGCCGCCUACCGAGCGCAGCAGACCCGAGCGGCAAGUUUUUCUUGCGGGUUCUGCGUUUCAGGCGACCCGCAGAGAAAUAAAAUGCGUGGGAAGGCGGAUUGACGGGGUUCAUAGGCAAGGGGUCGGAACAGGGCAUGCGUGCUAAAGAUGGAGGAAGAUGAAGAGGAAGACUACAUGUCCGAUUUAUUUAUUAAACAGGAUGUAAGGCCAGGCUUGCCCAUGGUGAGACGGAUGAAGGAAGCUAUUCAGAAAGAAGAAAAGCAAAAAGAAGCCAAUGAGAAGAACAGGCAAAAGAGUAUAAAAGAAGAAGAAAAGGAGAGACGUGACUUGGUAUUGCAAAGUGCACUGGGCAAUGAGAACAAGGGUUUUGCUUUGCUCCAGAAGAUGGGCUACAAAAGCGGCCAGGCCCUUGGCAAAAGCGGAGAAGGCAUUGUUGAACCUAUUCCUCUGAACAUAAAAACAGGCAGAAGUGGGCUUGGUCAUGACGAAUUAAAAAAGCGAAAAGCUGAAGAAAAACUGGAAAACUAUAGACAAAAACUCCAUAUGAAAAAACAAGCAAAUGAACAAGCUGCAGAUCAGUUCAGAAUAAGAUUCAAAAAUAAACAAGAAGAACGUAAGAUGGAAGGGGACCUCCGAAAAAGCCAGAGGGCCUGCCAGCAGUUAGAUAUGCAAAAAGAUAUUGAUGUUCCCAAGGAGACUUGGUAUUGGCUAGAACCUGAGGAGGAAGACAAAAAGGAUGAGGAAGACAAGGAAGAUGAAUGCACAAGCACAGACUUAAGUGUAUCAGAAAAGCUACACAUCCUGACUGCCUAUUUGAGAGAAGAACACUUUUAUUGCAUUUGGUGUGGAACAACCUACGAAGACUCUGAAGAUUUAUCUUCAAACUGCCCUGGAAACAGUGCUGCAGAUCAUGAGUAAAAUGUUUCUAAAGGAAGGAGUCCUAGAUAAUAAAGCUCUAGAAGAUAAGAAUGUAUCUGUCCAUAAGAGAAGAUUCUAAAAGCGGGCCGUGAACAUGAUCUGGAACUACACUAUGAAUGCAAAAUACAAAAGAUUUCGAUCUCUGGCUCAAGAAGUCCAUAAACUUUGGGUUACUGGAAGUCUUGAGAGGAAAGGAAUAUCAUAGAAUCAUGGAAUGGUUAGAGUUGGAAGGGACCUUAAAGAUCACCUUCUUCCAACCUCCCUGGCCACGGGCAGGGACACCUCCCACUAGACCAGGCUGCUCAAAGCCCCAUCCAGCCUGGCCUUGAACACUUCCCGGGAUGGGGCAUCCAUGGAAUAUGCAUCAAGGACAGCAUCGCUGUGUCAUCUCUGAGCGCUAAUACUCUCUAGUCGUUUGGAAUUCGCCACUAUACGAGAAGAGCAUCCUAGAUCAACAUUUAAUGUGACCCACUACAGCCGUUUUUAGGAACAUCACCACACCAAUGACUUUUUCACAAAGCAAAUGAUUUAAAACUCUGCAAGCAACAUUACAGCUGGCAUAUGAAGCCCUGAAGGCUUGCAACUUUGUCCUUUAUAAUGUUUAUAUUGAAAUAAAAUCUUUUUAUGAUUGUGCA